GUUAGUGCUGUAGGUGUGUGUGAGGUUAGUGGUGUAGGUGUGUGUGAGGUUAGUGCUGUAGGUGUGUGUGAGGUUAGUGGUGGUGGUGGUGGUGGAGCUUGCACUCCCAUGGUUAAUACUUCCCGUUACUGGUGACUUGACCAUGAGGAAAGAACGGUGUGGCAGAAACAAGUGGAUGCUGAAAUCAUCAUGUGGAGUUAAAUGAGAGAGGUGGUCUGUGUGGGAGCCAUUAGAGAGGGUUUUUUUUUUUUUUUCAAAACUUGUUUUAAAAGAAUAAAGCCAUUUGACAGUAUGUUUUUUUAAUUACAAUUUUUUUAUUGCACUCUGAUUGCUGGCCAAUGAAAUAAGUGAACGUCUGUGGACUGUUAGUGGGACAGACAUGCCUGUUGCAUGCCAGCCCCGGGGUGUACGUCCUUUAUGUUCAGUCAAAUGUGACUCUUGGUGGAGAAAUGGCACAGGGUGCUCUCUGGUUACGGAUCGCUGCUACUUAUAAGUGUUUUUCAGGGGGCUCUGGUGACAACCCCCUUUUUUCCAGGCAUCCCAUUGGUGCAGGGCCCAGCUAAAAUAUCCCUGGAGCCUGACUGUCUUAGACUGCCUAUCUCUGCCCCGUGGGCUUGUGUGCGCGAUCCUUUUUUUGGAGGGAAUUGGAGGUGACGCCACUGGGAAGUGUAGUGUUGAGGAUCGUCAGCAUGCAAACAAGAAGUCAUCCUGCCCUGGAGCACAGGGUCCCACCUGCCGCCUGCCGCGUUCAUGCUCACGUACCUGUGACCUGACCUCACAAGAGCCAAAACAGGGAAACAAACAAACAAAACAAACAAAAAAAACAGCAGACCACCUGGUUUAAGCCAGCUCUGGUGUUUUUUUAUUUUCAAUUUUUUCGGGCUGCCCAGGCUUCUGCCAGACUGAAAAUAACAGUGGCAUAAGAAGGGUGUUUUUUUUCUCUCGCAGUGGGACGUAGAAGCUGGUGUAAAAAGCAGCGGCGGGCGCUAUGUUUGGGCCAGAAUUCUCACCGAGUCUGAUGCGACGGGUCAGUUCUGCAGUCAUAACACUCAGCUGUCCAGCUGUGCUUCGCCAGAAUGGGCCUGCCACGGAUGACUCUGAAGCUCAGAGGAGGCAGAUGAUGGACCAGCAUCAGAUGCACGCCAGGGCUGCGGGAUCUGCAGUCUCCACCCUUCAGUUCAAAGUGUCUGGCGCCUCCUCCUCUCCCUUCCAGUCUGAGUCUGCCACCCCUCCCGAUUACAGGCAGUACAGGGCCAACACCCUUCCCCCGGCCUACAUCAGGGCCGCCUCCUCCACCUCCCCGCCCUCAUCUUGCUCCUCCUCCUCAGCCUCCUCCCACGAGCGGGAUGGCAGCGGGGGCGUAGGUGGUAGCGGGGGGAGCGGGUGUCAAGCGUGCGACUCCCCCAACAGGAAGGCCCAGCAGCAGCUCUCUCAGCUCUCCACCUCCCUGGCCUCCGCCUUCAUCCCUGUGCAGCCGGCCGUCACCACCCAGGGCCGUAAGGUUCGCCAGAUCCCCCUCUCCCCCCCGGCCAUGCGCCACAUGCCCCCCCAGCAGCAGCAGCCCGAGCCCAUCCUCCACCCCCACCCGCUGCCCCCCAAGCACGGCACCUGGUCGGCCUCGACGGCGGCCGCACACAUGUACGCCACACUGCCCUCCUCCCACUCCCCGCCCAUGACCAUGACCAUGGGGGGCAUGAAGCAAGUGUGCCCGCAGCCUGUGCUUCCCGUGGCACUGCCCCUGCCACCCCUCAGCAACAACGGCCGUGGCAAAGCCACCCCCUCGUCCCACGAAGCCGCCCACCAGCACAUCAACGGCCAGCCCGAAGAUUACUACCCCACCCAGCAGCAGCACCCUUACCCGCACCCACAACCACACCACCACCAAACCCCCCCGCCGAUGCAGCCGCAGGUCCAGAUGGCCGCGCCGCUCUCUUACGCCCCCUGCUGCGAGGCUCUCUGCCUGCCCCCCAUGAGCGCUCAGCCCAUUCAGGUCCCCAGUCACCCGCCCCAGUUCCCCUCUCCUUCUGCAUUCCUCCAGCAACAACUACAGCAGCAGCAGCAACAGCAGCAGCAGCAGCAGCAAAUGUACCAGGGGGUGCCCCCCUACAGCACCACCUCACCCCCCUCUUACACCCUCGUCGAGGGGGCCUCUCCCAAGACGACACCCUCUCCCAUCUUUCAGGCUCCCCUGCCAGUUAUGAGUCCUCCGCUCCCCCCUGGGCACCCUGCCAUGCAGCACUCGUCCUCGGUGGCUGCGCCCGUUGCGCCCCCUCCUGCCCCAGUCCCCAUGGCCCCCAUGGCACCCAUGGCCCCCAUGGCACCCCCGCCCCCCCCAGGGCCCCCACCCCCCAGUGUGGGCACUCCCCCCGCACCCCCUCCGCUGCCGGCUGGUGACGGCCUUGGGGGGCAGAACAAGGAGGCCUCCCCGGCAGGGCUAGCAGCAGCCCUGGCAGGAGCCAAGCUGCGCAAAGUGCAGAUGCCUGAGGAGGCCUCGGGGGCAGCCGUUGUCAAGAGCGAUGCCAACCGGUCGAGUGGUGGCAGCGGAGGCGGUGGCGAGGGUCUCAUGCAGGAGAUGCAUGCCAUACUGGCACGAAGGAGGAAAGCUUCAGAGAAACCCGAUGAGGAAAGCCAGAAGGAAGAGACCAAUGGCUCCCCCUCACUCAUCACACGAGGUUGUCAGCAAAACUCCACAGAUGCUCUUAAAAAGCCAUGGGAUCGAGCCAACUCAACAGACAAAUCUUCUGCUGUGUCGAGGGUGAGACCUGUUGGCACUAGCAGUGAUGGAGACACAGAAUAUGACAGAAUGAAACAGGAGAUCUUGGAGGAAGUGGUCCGUGAAUUGCAUAAGGUGAAAGAUGAGAUUAUCGAUGCCAUUAGAAGAGAGGUCACCAGGAUGAGUUCGACAUAAUCCUCCCGGAAUGUGACCACAGCAGGCCGUUGGGGACGGAGCGAGGGAAAGCGAGGGGAAGAGGUGCCAAGUUGGGAGGGAAUGUUUCUACGACAUUUCUGUCGCGUCAUGGGAAGUUUGCCACGAACUUGCAGACAUGCAACAGUAGCAUCAACUAAGCAAAUGCUAGGGGAAGUAAAAAAUGAGACAAGAAAAGAGAACGAAGAACAGUAAGACAAAAAAGACAAGUGAGUUGAGCAAGCGAGCGAGCGAAUGAAUGAAUGGAUGGUUGAAUGAACGGAUGGAUGGAUGGGUGUAAGGAUGGAGAGAUGGAUGAGAGGAUGUUGGACACUCACACUGUAUUUUCUAUUUUUCCUGUAUUCAAAGAUGAAGCCCCAUGUGUGGCCUGCUGCCCAUAGUCUGUCAAGUCUUACAGAAAAAAAAACAUAUAUGUAUUAAAUCUGGCAAAGCUAUUGUUUUCCAAGUUUUUAUUGUUUCAUUGUUUUAUUUGACAUAAAUAAAUAUUACUGUUCUAAUAAUUUUAUUACAAGUAUAGAUAUAGAGAAAGUUGCACACCAUCUAUGUCAGCCUUUGAUAUUUUAUAUUAGUUUCUUUAUUCUUUGGUUUUUGAUAAGCACAUAUAGGCCUCUGACCUCAGCAGGGUUUUCUAAAGAGAUUUUAUUUUUCUUUGCCAACAGAUGUAUAAGAUCACUGGAGAUAUUUGUUUCUUUUAGUUAUUUUUUUUAAGUUUGAACUUGAAUUGGUUGUGUGAACAGAACUGGUUGCUUUUUUGGGACACUACGACCUUAUGAUGCAUCGGUAUGACCUUUUGAUUUUUAUGACAAUUUUCAGUUAAGUUUGGCUGGAAAGAUAUGGUGAACGAUCAGGCCUUUCAGUAUAUCCUUUGACUAGAUUAUUCCUUGUUUUAAAUGUUGAUAAAUGGGUUUAAACAUAA